AUGAUAGAAAAACAUCCAAAGAGGGUUGCGGUCGUUGGCGCCGGGAUCAGCGGAGUGACUUCUGCAGCACAUCUGCUGAAGCAGGGUCUCGAGGUCACGCUCUUUGAAAGGUCAGGGAUCGAGGGAGGUGUAUGGCAUUUCGACGAAAGGCCGGCACUGGAGCCUCCAUAUCCCAAUGAGACUCCCUCACGCGGCGACUACGAGACACGGCCGGAAAGUGCGUCCCUUACGCCGCCGGCGGAAGUUGGCGACCAGCAGGAGGACAUCGAGAUCGCUCAUGCACCGCCAGGCCCAUGCUACGCAGGACUGAAGAAUAAUGUCUCGACUAGAAUGAUGAGGACCAGUCUCCAGGCAUGGCCUGAGGGCACUCCGGACUUUGUGAGCCAAAGCGUCCUGGAAGAAUACGUGCAAACCAUUGCCAAAGUCCACGGUGUCUCUGCCAUCGCCCACUAUAACACUCGAGUUGAACAAGUCCGCAAGCUUGGCACCGAAUGGUUGGUGAGGACGACGACUCUGCAGAAGGCACCGGCAACGCUUGGUGGAUCGCGCUUGGUGGAGAACCGAUGGCUGUUUGAUGCCGUCGUCGUAGCAUCUGGCCAUUAUCACAUGCCUCGCGUUCCCGACAUUCCUGGUCUCGGCGAGUGGAAACAGGCAUGGCCAAAUCGAGUGUGGCAUUCAAAGGGAUACAGAAAUCCCAGGAUAUUCAAGGACCAGAACGUCCUUCUCAUCGGCGCAGGGGUGUCGUCGGUGGACAUUGCCAAAGAGUCGAUUCCCUACGCUAAACACGUUUAUCAGAGCUCUCGCGGCGGAGCUUUCGAUCUCCCUAGCAGCUUCUUGCCAGAAAACGCGACCAGAGUUGGCGGUGUCAAGGAGUUCAGACUCAACACCACUCAGGAUGUCGAGUCAUCCGCAUCACAGCCCAUUCCAGGGACGGUUGUUCUUACCGACGGGCAGGAAUUGACCGACAUUCAUUCCGUCGUGCUCUGCACGGGGUACAUCACUUCAUAUCCUUUUCUUUCCCACCUGCAUGCCGACACGAAGUCGGUUGACGAGGCUGACGAGUUCGUGCUCGUAACUCGUGAGGGAGAAAUGGUGCAUAACCUGCACAAGGACAUAUUCUACAUCGAGGACCCUUCCCUGGCAUUCGUCGGGGCGCCUUACCACAUUGCCACCUUUUCACUCUUCGACUUUCAAGCCCAAGUUGUUGCGAGAGUUCUAGGAGGCAAAGGACUGUUGCCCUCAAAAGAACAAAUGCGAGGAGAGUACCAGGAACGUGUCAAGACGAAGGGCUUGGGGAGGACGUUCCACAGCCUUAGGGGCCUCGGCGAAGAGCAGACGUAUGUGGCUGGGCUGGUCCAAUGGAUGAAUGAAAGCGCGGCCGAGCUCGGCAUUGAGGACAAGAUGCAGGGCCAUACAGCGGAAUGGCACCAAGCCGAUGUUGAUAGGCAGGAGCUUAUAAGAUUGAUAAGAGGGAUCCCAGAUCCAAAAUAG